ACCUGAGCCCUCUGUACACCUAUUCUCCCACACAGGCAUAAAGAGGCGAGGGAGAGCAGCCUAUCCCUCCAACACUCAGCCAUGAGUAGCUUCGGAUAUGACCCCUACUAUGCCUCCUCAUUAUACAAAACCUUGUAUGCUGAGCCUACCCCUCGGGUAGUGGUGCGAGGAAGGACCCAUGCCAGCUACUCUUCCCGUCCAUCCCCACUUUCUUCCUCCCGUCUGCAGUACUCCUCUCCCAGCCGGGUGAUGUUUUCCUCCUCCUCCUCAGCUUCUUCCCUAGAGCGGGAGCUAAACCAGGCAGCCCAGAUCAGCUCCGAUUUCAAAGCGGUACGCACACAGGAGCGAGGCCAGCUGCAAGAGCUCAAUGACCGUUUUGCUGGCUUCAUCGAGAGGGUGCGUGAGCUGGAGCAGCAGAACCGUGCUCUGGAGGCAGAGCUGCUGUUACUGAGGCAGAGGCAUUCAGAGCCAUCCCGUCUCAGAGCAUUGUAUGAACAAGAGGCUAGAACUCUGAGGGCAGCUGUGGAUGAAGCAAGGGCAGAGCAGCAAACUGCCCUGGGUCAGAGAGAGAGGCUGGAACAAACCCUGAACUCACUGCAGGGUCGAUAUGAGGAGGAGAUGUUGGCUCGGGAAGAAGCAGAGGGCAAGUUGAUAGAGGCCCGUCGUGAGGCUGAUGAGGCAGCCUUAGGAAUGGCAGAGCUAGAGAAGAGUGUGGAAACUCUGCUGGAUGAACUGGCUUUCCUCAAAAGAAUCCAUGAGGGGGAGGUGGCUGAACUUCAGGCUCAGGUCCAGAUGGGGGUCCAGGUAGCCGUUGAAUCUGAAGCCGCCACUCCUGAUCUUUCUGGUGCUCUCAGGGACAUCCGGUCCCAGUAUGAGAGGCUGGCUGCAAAGAACAUGAAGGCAGCUGAAGAGUGGUUUAGGGGAAAGGUGGGUUCGCUGACGGAAACUGUUGCUCAGCACAGCAAUGCAGUGAAAAGCUCAAAGGAUGAAGCAGGGGAGUACCGGCGUCAGCUGCAGGCCCGCAUACUUGAGAUUGAUGCAUGCAAAGGCCUUAAUGUAUCCCUGGAGAGGCAGCUGCAUGAUAUGGAAGAGAAGCAGAGCGCAGAGAUAGCUGCUAUGCAUGACACAAUUGCAGAGUUGGAGAAUGAGCUGAGGGGGACCAAACAGGAAAUGGCACGCUACCUUAAGGACUACCAAGACCUGCUCAAUGUCAAAAUGGCUCUAGAUAUUGAGAUUGCAGCAUACAGAAAACUUUUGGAAGGUGAGGAGUCUCGCUUCAGUGGGGGAGGGAUUGGGGGUAUGUCCUCCCUGUACAGCCACACCCUGGUGGGACCCUCCUUUGGUCGGCCUAUCCUCUCCAGCCUCAGCUCUGGCACAUCUUACCUGAUGACCUCCCACCUGCUCAGCUCCAGCACCACUGAGGGCAUCAUCUCAGCCAGCCACGCCCAGCAAGAGGAGGCCGCACCCCCUUCAGACGAGGAGGCAGAGGAGGGACAGGGUGAUGAGGAGGAGGAGCAGAAGGAAGAAGAGGGUGGAGAGGAGGAAACAGUAGAAGAGGAGGAGAAAGAGGAAGAAGAGGGAGGAGAGGAAGAAAAAGAAGAACAAGAAGAGGAGGAGCAGAAGAUAGAGGAAGAUGAAAAGGGGGAGGAGGAGAAACAAGCGGAGGAAGAAGUGAAGGAAGAUGAAGAGAGCAAAGAGGGAGAAGGUGGUGAUGAAGUCGAGCAAAAUGAGGAGGUUGACCAGACUCCUGCUGCUGAGGGAGAGAAAGAAGAACCAGAUGAUGGAGUGGAAGCUGAGGUUAAAGCAGAAACACAAGAGGUAGAAAAAACAGAGGGACCAGACGACAGCGCUGAGAAGGCCAAAGACGGUGAAAAAGCAGGGAAGGAAGAUGCUAAAGAGGCUGAAGAGAUAAAGGAGAAGGGAGAGUCAAAAGAGGGCGAAGGGAAAGAGAAGGGAGAAUCCAAAGAAGGCAAAGAGAAAGAGGUGAAGGAAGAAUCUAAAAAGAGUGAAGAGAAAGAAGACAAAACAGAUGCCAAGGAGGACAAAGCUGAUGUCAAAGAAGCUGCCCCAAUAAAAGACAAGGAGGAUGCUAAAAAGGAGAAAGUUGAAGAAAAAACAGCUGAAUCAAAAAGCACAAAAGAUAAAAAGUGAAUUCAGCACAAUUUGAUUGUCAUAGUGCAAAUUACAGCUCAACAAUCAAAUAAUAUCUCAGCGCUGGCAAUCCUGCUUGUUAACAUGGUGCUCAAUAUAACAGUGUGAAAACACUGACAGCAACAAAUCAAGCUAAACUGCUUCAAAUGUCAAAAUAAAUAACCUAUAAAUGUCUGACUGCACAGUUCCUGGUGUCUGUUACUACUGAAUGAUAAGUGAGCGUUUGUGUUUUGGGGGAAUAAAUAAAGA